UGUUCCUACGAAACGGCGAUACUCCUUUAGCCUUUUGACUCUUCUCUUUCUCUCUCUCUCUCUCUCUGCAACUCAAACAGUGAAAACAGAAAAAAAAUCUGAAUAACUCUCUCUCUGUCUCUCUCUAGUAACCCAUGAGAGAGCGAGAGAUGGAGAGACGAAAUAGAAGAGUCAAGUUCACAGAGCAUCGUACGGUCACAUCUGUGCCAGCUAAGCCAUCUAACGGCUCUCCACGAGUGGUCCGAAUCACUUAUACAGACCCUUUCGCCACUGACUCUUCCAGCGACGACGAUGACGUCACGGUUGCCCCGAGAGUUAAACGUUUUGUGGAGGAGAUAAGAUUCGGCGAAGCCCAAUCCUCGUCCGCCGUGAGGAAAAACCGAUACAAGGUGGAGAAAGGCGGCGGUGCAAGAAAUGAUGACGUGUCAGCGUCAGCGAACCCAAGGAAGUACAGAGGCGUGAGACAGAGGCCGUGGGGAAAAUUCGCGGCGGAGAUUCGGGAUCCGUCGAAAGGUUCUCGGGUUUGGCUAGGGACUUUCCUCACGGCGGAGGAAGCUGCUUUGGUUUACGAUCGAGCUGCGAUUGAUAUCAAAGGUCAUAACGCACAGACGAAUUUUCUAACUCCUCCUCCGCCGCCGGAUAAGAAGCCGGUUAUCGAUCUAACGACGGUUUCCAGCUGCGAUUCCGGGAAAGAUUCUCGCCAGAGCCUCCACUCUCCGACCUCUGUUCUUCGAUUCAACGUCAACGAGGAAGCAGAGUAUAGAACAGAGCUGGAGAAUGAACCAAUCGAGCUAUCGCCGGAGACAAAGUCGACCGUCGUUGAAGAAUCGAAGGAGAGCUUGUUUCCGGAUUCGUAUUCGUUGCCGGAUUUAUGUCUCGCCGGCGAAUAUUUCUGGGAUUGCGAAAUCGCUCCUGACCCGUUGUUUCUGGAUGAAAUUGAGAUCCAUCAACCGUUCUCAAACAUGGAGAUUCCGAAAGAAGAGAAUGAUCCCGAAGAUUUCUCUUUCAAUUUGAACGAAGAUUUUGAUUCUUCCCUAUGGGACGUCAACAAUUUCUUCGAGCCUAAUUAAAAUCUGACGCGGAUGCAUCUUGAUGUGUAAAUAAUAAUAUAGGAGUAUUAAGUUAAGAUAAAAUGUCAGUGUUUAAUUAUGAAUGUUUUGGCCCGUUUUAGAGACUGCAAUUUCGUUAUUUGCUUACUCUCUGAGAGUGUGUCAACAUGAGGAAGCAGUAUAUACGAUUUUUGUCUAUAAUGUCUAAUUUUCUAUAUAAAUAUGGAUUAA